CGACGAGUGCAACGCGAAGCCGGACAGGAGGAGGAAGCCGGCGAUGGCGGCGGCGGAGUUGGGCUUUGGACAGUGGAUGGCGCCCAGGACCAGGACUUGGAUCCGCGGAGGAUGAGGAAUGCGCGUCUGCCCCCGCUGUGACGUAUUCCUCUAGUACGCCACCACUGUAGGGUUACGGGGAUCCUGCGAAUACGCCUUCCCUUUCCUCUCCUUCCCCCUCUUCCCUCGUCUCCCUUCGUUCGCGUCCGAGAUGGCGGCGGAGGCGGACGACCCGUCGGCGGCGGCCACGCUGGAGAAGUUCAGCCUCUACGAGACCCGCGCCAGGUUCUACGUGAUCGGGAGCUCGCGGGAGAAGCGGUGGUUCCGAGUGCUCAAGAUCGACCGCUCCGAGCCGUCGGAGCUCAACGUCAGCGAGGACCUCGUCUGGUACUCACUCCAGGAGGUCAAGAGCCUCCUCCAGCGCAUCGACGAGGGAAACCGGUCCACCGGUGGGCUCACCUUCGUCACCAAGGCGUACGGAAUCGCAGGUUGCAUCAAGUUCCUGGAGUCGUAUUACCUGAUUUUAGUUACCAAGCGCCGCCAAAUCGGUUGCAUUUGUGGGCAUGCUAUAUAUUGUAUAGACGAGAGCCAGAUGAUUACCAUCCCACACACAUCGGUGCAGACAGAUGUUGCAACCUCUAAGAAUGAGCUGAGGUACAAGAAGCUUCUGGCUAGUGUUGAUCUCACCAAGGAUUUCUUCUAUUGCUACACAUAUCCCAUCAUGCAGAGCUUGCAGCAGAAUGUCACGUCUGCAGGGAUGAAGGAAAUGGCUUAUGAAAAUUUGUUUGUCUGGAAUACUUUCCUGACAGAGCCAAUUCGUUUAAGGUGCCACAACACUCUCUGGACAGUACCUCUUGUCCAUGGUCACUUCAAGCAGGUCAAACUUUCAAUUUUUGGCAGAGAGAUAAAUGUUGUCCUCGUCUCUAGAAGAUCCCGACACUUUGCUGGGACACGGUAUUUGAAAAGAGGUGUGAAUGACCAUGGGAAAGUUGCUAAUGAUGUCGAAACAGAGCAGAUAGUAUUUGAAGAAGAAGCUGGUUCAUGUAAGGGAAGAAUGAGUGCUGUAGUACAGAUGCGAGGAUCAAUCCCUCUCUUUUGGUCGCAAGAGGCUUCACGACUUAGUCCUAAGCCUGAUAUUUUUGUGCAGAGAUACGAUCCUACAUAUGAAGCAACCAAAUUACAUUUUGAUGAUCUCGCUCAGCGAUAUGGACAUCCUAUCAUAAUACUCAAUUUAAUAAAGACUGUUGAAAAAAGGCCACGCGAAAUGAUGCUCAGGCGUGAAUAUUUUAAUGCAGUUGGAUAUCUUAAUCAAAAUGUCCCAGAAGAGAGGAAAUUGAGAUUCAUCCACUGGGAUUUUCAUAAAUUUGCUAAAAGCAAAUCCGCAAAUGUAUUGGGUGUUUUAGGAAAAGUUGCAGGUGAAGCACUGGACCUUACUGGGUUUUACUACAGCGGAAAGCCAAAGGUCCAGAAAAAAAGGUCAACUCAACUUAGUCGAACUGGCACUGCAAGGGAUGGCUCCCUUGAUAUAAGAGCUAGUUCUGGAGAUCUUUCAAGGCUCUCGAGUAAUGCUGAUGCACUUAGUUCUACAGCCUUUCAGGAUAUGAGAAAUGAGGCUAACAAGCAAGGGCCUCUUGGUGAUACUCCUUGUUAUCAAACUGGUGUUCUUCGUACAAAUUGCAUAGACUGCCUGGAUCGCACAAAUGUUGCACAGUAUGCUUAUGGCCUUGCUUCUUUGGGGAGGCAACUUCAUGCAAUGGGACUGACAAAUGUCACAAAAAUCCACCCUGAUAGCAGCAUUGCGUCAGCUUUAAUGGAAAUGUAUCAGAGCAUGGGUGAUGCACUUGCUCAUCAGUAUGGAGGAUCUGCGGCACAUAACAUGGUUUUCCCUGAGAGGCAAGGGAAGUGGAGGGCUACUACUCAGUCUCGGGAGUUCCUGAAAUCAAUUAAACGGUAUUACAGUAAUGCCUACACUGAUGGUGAGAAACAAGAUGCUAUAAAUCUAUUUCUGGGAUAUUUUCAACCUCAAGAAGGAAAACCAGCUCUUUGGGAGCUGGAUACUGAUUACUAUCUUCAUGUAACAACAUCUUGGGAUGAUAGCUACCAUUUGAGUUCCGCUCCUGGAAAUAAUGUGUUUGUGGGAUCUGGAGUUGCAUUGCACCCUGGAACCAUAUUGAGCCCAGUUCCAGCAUGUAAAGAGGAUUUCUCAAGGAUGAAACUUACUUCAUUUGACAAACUUAUAGAAAGGACAUGCAGUUCGAUAAGGAAUGUAAGACUUCACUAUGAUGCUGAUCUAAGGCCAAGUGGAGGUGUCGGAACUUCUGGAAUGGCACCAGAUGCAGCGUAUGUUUUUAUGUCACUCAUGGUUCAUGAUUGGAUUUGUUUUCUUGAUGUCACCCUUAUAAUUUGUGUUUCUGGCUUUAGUGAGAUACAGCUUAAAAGCCCAAACUGGUUGUUCGGUCAAAGAAAACACACUGAGACAACUCCAACAACUAGAGUUACUCUGGUAGAAAAUACGAGCGAUGGUAACAAAGAUGACUCUAAUGUCUCUCGAUGUGGGGAACUGAAUUGGCUAUCCUCAGCUGAUUCAUGCGAGGAGGACAUUUUCAGAAGGUAUCUUGCCUUCACCACAGCAGAUGUAGAGAAUGGCUGGUAUGGUGGAACACUGAUAUACGACCAAGAUGAAAACAGCGGGGCGUACAAACAUUAUUCUGAACUUUGCCAGGGACCUGUCAUGGAUCCUUUCGAGCAUGACCCCGAGAAAGAACGGCAUUACGCGGAGGCCCUCAGCGUGGAUAUUGACAUUGCAAACGAUGCACGGGUAGAGGCAGAAAUGCAAGCCGCACUGGAUGAGUAUCAGAUCAUAGGGUCGGACCUCAGCAUCAUCCCUUCAUGCGGAGCACUCGCCGAGGAUCCAAGCCAGCUCACGAGGUGGAUCAUCGGAGAUGAGAAGCUGCGUGUGGGUACUGCACAGUAGCCCCUUUUUUUUUUGUGUGGAGGGCCGUACAGUACAGGUCGCUUAGUCGACUUGUGAUUCAUUCACCGACUCAUGGUUUGUGUAUAUAGUACAAGUGUUCUAUAAAAGAAUUACGCGCUGUAUGUAGCCAUUUUUCUGGGAGCACACAUCCAAAUAAUCAUUAUUGGAGGUAAGCUCAGCCUCUGUUUGUGGGA